AUGUCAAUCUUCCGGAUAAUUCUAAUAAUUGCCUUGAUUGUUGUGUCUCGAGCCGUUGACCCAAAGGAUGUACUUCACCGAGUUAUGAAAGCUGGAUUCUAUGAGCCUUGGUCUGGUCGGGAAGUUCUAUGUAAUUGCUCGUACAACUGUUCUACUGAUGAUUUUAAUAAGAUCCUGGAAGAGUUCGGUAUAACGAACGCAUGUAUAGGGAAAAUUUGCGUUAGGAAGAAAACUUAUGUUGGAACAUCGGACCAGCCCCAACUCAAAGAGUUCUAUGGCUGCCUGGGCAUGCCUGGUUCGAAGGUGGACUUGGUCAGUGAGACUAUAACGCAUUGUACGAACAAAGGGUAUGAAAGUGCAUCUUGUUGCGAAGAAUCCUUCUGCGCCACUAAGUUGAACAUCACCCCUCCCAGUUUAGAGCGGGCCAGGCAUUUUCUUCCUGGCUCACCUCCAGGAAUACUGCAGUCUCUACGGAAAAACGAUGCACUCGUAGUGAUAAUUUUCAUUCUUAUGGGCAUUGGAAUAUCAACUUUAUUAUGCAUGACGUUUCUCUAUAUUUUUGAUCGCGAUAGAGUUCUGUUCUGGAUUGGUGGAUAUAAGCUGGAACGGAAGGUCGAAGUCGGAGAAACGUCUGAGAUGAUUCACUCCAUGACAGAUACCGACUCAAUGGGAUCUGGAUCAGGCCCACAAAGGAUGCAAAGUUCUACAAUGUGUAUGAAGGUCCAGCUAGGGUCAGAAAUUGGAUUUGGCAGAUUCGGAGUUGUGUAUCAUGGAGAAUAUUCUGGACAACAGGUGGCGGUUAAAGUUUUCCAAUCUCGGAAUGAAGAGUCGUUCGCUCAUGAAGUGGCAAUAUACGAUAGACUGCAGUUACGUCAUCCUAACUUGCUCUUAAUGUUAGGAUAUGAUCUUCAUUCUGGAAAUACUGGAGUUGAUUUCUGGCUGAUUACUGAAUUUCAUUUGCACGGAUCUCUCUAUACCUACCUUGACAGGGCCCCUAUAGACGAACGUCUCCUAUUGCAAAUGGUUCGCAGUUUAUGCCAAGGAUUGUCUUAUUUACAUUCACCUACGGCUGGUUCGUAUGUUAAGCCUAGAAUAGCCCAUUGUGACAUAAAACGUCAGAAUAUACUUGUCAAGAAAGACUUUACGCUUGCUAUAGGAGACUUGGGCCUCUCAGUUUCGGAUGAAAAAAGCUGUUUUGGUUCGAAGAAUCUAAGAUCGGGUACGGCAAGAUAUGUUGCUCCUGAGUUUUUACACGAAAAGCCCAUAGCUAGUUUCCACCCGUUCAUCUAUGCUGAUAUGUAUUCCUUCGGAUUAGUUCUAUGGGAAAUGUGUAGGAGAACCAGAGCAUCAACUUACAACGCUAAGCACCCAGAGCAAUCUAUCGCUUAUUAUGAGUGUGUUACAAGAGAUCCAACCUAUGAAGAAAUGAAGAAAUGCGUCAGUGAACAAGGGUUACGCCCACUCAUGGAAUCGUCCUGGUUUUCGAGUCCCGUGAUGGUGGAAUUAAUUGAGACUAUGAGAGACUGUUGGAGUCCUGAGCCAUUCAAUCGUCCCGAAGCAACUACUAUCAGGAGAAGAGUCGAUGAAAUAUGCAACCGUCAUGGAUUCAUUAUUGAGCAAUAA